AUACUGCAAACACUCAACCGCAAAACAGCAAAUAGCUCAUUUCAAGAAUCCUAGGGUGAUUAGCCGGGUACACCUUUUCAUCCCAGUGCAUUUUUUAGUGAUGUCACUGAACAUCCCCCUGAGUCACUAUGGCUGACGAUGUAACAAUGGCUGGCACUGUGUACUUUGCUGCGUGUAGGAUUGACUAACAGGACUAUCUGAAAGGCUUUGACGGGAGCACCACCUUAGUGCUUGAGGCAUCUUUUGCUCUGUCUGACCAAUUUUUUACCGCAAGAUUUUCUUCUCAGUUAAGACAAAAAAAAAAAAGAUGUCUAAUCAAAGACUAUCUAUGCUUUCUCCCCUUCUGUUCUUCUGCUUCGUCAGAGAGAGUUCCUGCAUUUGUGACGGAACAACUUGGACAAAGGUCGGAUGGGAGAUUUUUCCAGAGGAAGUGCACUACCUGAAAGUUAAGGUUCCCCCAUCCCGCUGCCUGCCUUUCCCUCUGGACAAACUCUGCUGCAACUUUGCUAACAUGGACCUAUUACAGAGUUCCUUACACCUCACUUAUAUCUUAGUACAAGCUCUCUUCUUAAUCCUGUUUGUUCUAUCUGUGCAUUACCUAUGGAUGAAAUGGACGAGACACCAAAAAAAGCUGAAAAAGCAAGCCUCUUUAGAGAAGCAUGCUAACGACCGAGACCUGAGCCCCUCCAUCUAUGACAUUGAACAAAUACUCUGCAGACUGCUGGCCACCACGUCAAUGAUGACCAAGUUCCUGAAGCAGACAAGGAAACUAAAACUCAGAGAUGUUAAGAAACUUGGCUCAAGGAACGCAGCCAGUAAUGACGAACACAAGAUACCAACACGGGCAGCCUGACUCCUGAGCCCCUCCUCAUCUGCUAAGAAUGACGGCCACCUGCACUUCGGAACAGUCAGCCUAUGAUUUUAAGGAAUUUUCAUCAAACUCUUAGUACCCUACCUUUAUUGUUAACACAAUCAUCAAAAUCAUUAUAGCCGUGUAUGCUUUGGUUUGGAAAUUUCUUUUGAAUUAAAGCUUAAGUAUGACUUAA